ACAACUACCGAAGACAUCCUCUCGGCGUCUUAGGGAAGAAAGAACACUUGCUUGCUGGCAAAUGAACACCUCCAAGCCAAAAAGUAUGGAAGUAGUUCUGAUGCUCGGCCUUGGUCUUCUUCUUGUUGCGGCAAACUGCACACCUGCAACAGCUGUUCCUAGCUCUGAAUGCAGAAGGCAGUGUGGCAAUGUUGAAAUAACCUACCCGUUUGGCAUCGGCAUGAACUGCUCCAUGCCGGGAGGCUUCGACGUCACCUGUCAGCGGGACCUAAAUGGCUUCCCGAAACCCUUCAUCGGUGGCCGUGAGCUUCUCGACAUUUCCUUGACCAACAGCACGAUCCGGGUGCUCAACCCCAUCACGACCUACUGCUACAACGACACCACCCCCGAGCAGCAGCUCAUAAAUGGUACCUCAGAGUGGUUGAAAACCGAUAGGAAUUCCCCUUUCCGUUUCUCGGAGAUUCGCAACAAGUUCACCGUCAUCGGGUGCAACACCCUUGGCGUCAUUGCCAACAACAACAGCGGCUCGGAGUACCUGAGCGGGUGCUUCUCGUAUUGCGGCAGAAAUCUGUCUGCCCAGAUGGACAGCUCGUGCUCAGGGAUGGGCUGCUGCCAGACAACCAUACCCAAGGGGAUGGACUUCAACGAAGUUGGCCUGGGAGUCAUCAAGGGUGCCUCCAACACAAGCCGAACCUGGAAGGGGUUCGGCCAGCAGUGCAGCUACGCCGUGGUCACGGAGGCAGCGGCGUUUAGCUUCCGCACCACGUACAUCACCACGACAGGAUUCAGUGACAUGGCUGCUGGGCGGGCACCUGCAGUUCUUGACUGGUCUAUUAGAAACGGGACAUGUGAGGUGGCCGAGCGGAAUCUGUCAGGGAGUUACGCGUGCCGCAGCGCCAAUAGCAAAUGCUUUGAUUCCACCAGUGGGUCUGCAGGGUACGUGUGCAACUGCUCCCAAGGCUAUGAGGGCAAUCCGUAUCUUCCAGAUGGAUGCAAAGAUGUGGAUGAAUGCAAUCAGGGGCGGCCAUGUCCUCCGGACGGCGUUUGCCGCAACACAGUCGGAGGAUACCGAUGCUAUUGUCCAACAGGAAGGAAAUAUUCUCAGUCAAACAAUACAUGUGUCUUUGAUACUGGCUUACUAAUAGGAGUUACAGUGGGCUUUCUUGGUCUCAUGAUUUUCUCUUUCUUCGGGUACAUGAUUCUUCAAAAAAGGAAGCUGAAAAAAGUUAAACAGGAGUACUUUCGUCAGCACGGAGGAUUGAUUUUGUUCGAGACAAUGAAGUCAGAGAAAGGUCUUGCUUUCACGGUAUUUAGUGAAGAUGAACUCAGACAGGCCACAAACAACUACGACAAGAGCAGAAUAAUUGGAAAAGGAGGCCAUGGAACGGUCUACAAGGGUGUACUUAAGGGUAAGCCCGUUGCAAUUAAGAGAUGCACACUCAUUGAUGAAAGGCAAAAGAAGGAGUUCGGUCAAGAAAUGCUGAUACUUUCUCAAAUCAAUCACAAAAACAUUGUCAAGCUCGUGGGCUGCUGCCUUGAGGUGGAAGUUCCUGUGCUAGUUUAUGAGUACAUCCCAAAUGGCACAAUGUACGAGCUUAUCCAUGGUGGGAAUCAAGAAUUGCAAACAUCUUUCAGCACUCUCCUAAGGGUUGCACAAGAAGCAGCUGAAGGACUCAGCUUCCUACAUUCUUACGCAUCUCCCCCAAUUCUCCAUGGUGACGUGAAAACCGCCAACAUCCUUCUUGAUGAAAACUACAUGGCAAAAGUCUCAGACUUUGGGGCGUCCAUACUAGCCCCAUCUGACAAGGAGCAGUACGUAACAAUGGUUCAAGGCACCGUGGGUUAUCUUGACCCAGAGUACAUGCAGACAUGCCAAUUGACCGAGAAAAGUGACGUGUACAGCUUUGGGGUUAUUCUUCUUGAGGUCCUCACCGGCGAGGUUCCACUAAAACUGUACGGGCCUGAGGCAACACGAAGCUUGACGUCAAAUUUCUUGUCUGCCAUGAAAGAGAAUAGUCUUUCUACAGUGGUGGCAAGCCAUGUAACAGAGCAAGAAAGCACUGAACUGAUUAGAGGACUUGCAGAGCUAGCAAAGAAUUGUCUCGAUAUGUGCGGCAGCAAUAGGCCCUCCAUGAAAGAGAUCGCUCACGAGCUCAGCAGAUUGAGGAAACUUUCAAUCCAUCCUUGGGUACAACUCACUAUGGAAGAGACGGAGACACAACGACUUCUCCGUGGACCAGCAGAUACUAGUUUUGAGACAGAAAGUAGUGGUAUAGGGUAUCCUGGGCCGGAUGGUGCGAACCAGCCGAUAAACCCAGUAAGUUCGUAUUAUGCAAGGUGACUAAAAUGAAUGUAAUACUCUAUUAAAAUUUGUAUUUCUACAUUUAAAUAGAUACCAUCCCUGCCCUCAAGAAUAAGUCAGGUUAUUAAAAAUCUUCUGUGUUGGUGA